GCCCGCGGUCCGGCCAGAGCCCGCCUCGCUGCCCUCACUGUCCGAGCGCGUGUUCUCGGCCGCAGUGACGCAGGCGGGGGCCGGGGCUACACGAAGGCCCCGCGGCGCGGCGAGAGAGGAGACUCGGAUGAGACUCGGGGGAGCAGAACCCACGGCAGGUCCCGCGCCCGCCGGCCCUGGCGCUGGUGGCGCAGAGACGACGUGGGGCCCCGCCGGGAGGGGGCUUCCCGCCGCCGCUGUGGCCCCGGGUGUCCUUGUGCGGGCCUGGCCGGCCACGGCGGUGCGAUUCCUGCCCUGCGCUCUCCCACGGACGCGGGCGAGGUGCCCCACAGUGGUGCGGGAGUCUCCUCGGGCCGCAGGAGAAGACACAGGCACUGAGAUGCAAGCGGGCCUUACGCGCUGUGCUGUGCCGGGCUCCCCUCCGGGACUCAGGGCAGCCAGAGCUUGUGUGGUGCGGGAGUCCUACAGUCCCAGAGAGUCCCCGUCCAGAGACCAGGGGUCCUACAGUCCCAGAGAGCCCCCGUCCAGAGACCAGGGGUCCUACAGUCCCAGAGAGCCCCCGUCCAGAGACCAGGGGUCCUACAGUCCCAGAGAGCCCCCGUCCAGAGACCAGGGGUCCUACAGUCCCAGAGAGCCCCCGUCCAGAGACCAGGGGUCCUACAGUCCCAGAGACCCCCGUCCAGAGACCAGGGGUCCUACAGUCCCAGAGAGUCCCCGUCCAGAGACCAGGAGUCCUACAGUCCCAGAGAAUCCCCAUCCAGAGAGCCUGCCAAGCCGGGGGUGGCGGAGUGGCCGGCAGACAGAAGCGAGUCUGCAGAAAGUGGUUCUGCGGGACUGAGCAGGCUUGUGACAGGGUAUUGUAGGUGGCAGCUGUGGGCCAGGGGCUGACGCAAUGAGGCAUGGGAGUUGCUGGCCCUGCUGGCCCCCACCUGGCUGAGAUGGCCCCUCCUCCUCCUGCCUGGACCCUUAUUGUCCUGGCAAAGGGACAAGUCCAGGUGGGCUGUGGGACAGACUGCGGCUCUCCGGACGGGGCUGCAGCGGAGGGCUUGCUGGAGACGCUGCGGCGGGAGAGGGGUGGCGACUCCCUGCGGGUCUGCGGGAGUAGGUCAAGGCCCUCAGCUCCAGCGUAUGUGGAAUUCCCGGUACCAGUCACUGGGGAACAGGAAUCGCUGGUCCCUGAGUCCAGGCGGCUCUGGCAGGAAACCUCUCAGCUAGGGGGCAGGGGCAGCAGCUGUUGGGGCCCCCACACGGAGGGCAAGGGGGCAGCUGUGCUUACAGCUCUCUGGCCUCUGGGGCCUCCCCAGCCCCCGCCACCUCUGGGUGUUCAAGAGGGUAGCCCAGGUGGGAACCCAUGGAAGGUCCUGGUGACUCAGGUGACACUUGUGAAGUGAGGACUUUGGUAAGUUAAGUGUGGUGGUUUGGGGUGUCGCUGUGCAUUCCCAGAAUUCCCUUCCGGGGGUAGCUCUGGGCAGGACUGGACUCCCGGGCACUCACUUUGGAAUGGGGGAGGAGGAGCGGUGAAGGCCAUCCUGGGCAGAAACGGACAGAUGUAGAAGGGUCGGGUUGGAGGGACAGGGGCCGUCUCCCAAGUGUGUCCCCCUCUUCCCGACAGAGGCCUCCCCCGCCACCAGCAUCCCUUAUGGGAAACUCAGUGGCCGAGCUCUGAAGGGGCCACUGCCUUCCCCAGACUUCUCCCUCCGCCCCCUCCUUGUGGUCCUGCUUGCAGAGCUGGGCCUGCCCAGCUCCCCUGCUCCCCUGUAAGCUCUUCCCUCGGCACCUGCCCCCCUGCUUGGGGAGGGCUGCUUAGUGCCCCGCCCCCCGCAAUUCUCCAGCUCUCCAGCUCCCUUCCACAAUUGUGUAGAGUCUUUCGCCACGCUCAUAGGACUUCUGCUUCUUGGAGUGAACCCUGACACAGGCAGAAAUUCGGCACAAACUUGGCUUAAACCAAAAAUGAAACGUUGGUUCAUGGGACCAAGAAGCCCAGGGAAGUGGCUUCAGGUGGUUUCAGCAGCUACUCAGCCUCCGAGCCUUCCGUUGCCCUCGUGGGACGCCGUCUACUGUCUGCUCCCAGUAACUCAGGUGCCCGUUCGGGGAUUGGCCUGGCAGCGCCCUUGGCUGGCUUGGCAAGGAUGGGCCUGCUGACCGGAGCCGCGUGCCCAAGCCACUCUGCCUCCAGAUGGCUCUCAGCGGAGACCCUCCCAGGAACCAGCCCUCUGCGGGGGAGCUGCCCACCCCAGCCCCAUCCCAUGAUGGACUGACCAAUGGGACAUAAAGGCCCAGCCCCUCACUCGAUUUGGGGGCCUCUGGGGUGCAGGCAGCCUGCUGUGUGGACCAUACGACCCAGCCAAACACGGAGUUGGACGUCUGGGUGAGGAGGGUAUGAACCUGAACAGGAAAAUCACUGUGCGGACCCCACUGCUCUGGAGCAAGGCUGGGCCACCCGAGGGGGGCUCUCCAUGCUUUGGAAGCCCUGAUGGACACCACGUGACCAGGUGGCCAGCCCCAACAUGCCUGGGGGUACAUGAGGCCCGAGGGGGAACAGCCUCCCCCAUGGAGGGAGCCCCUGCCUCUCUGCUCUGGCGGGAAGGGACGAACGCCGACAUCAGAGCCUGCGCGGAGUCAAGGCUAGAACGGCUGGACGCUGUGGAGGGCGCCCGAGGGGAGGAAGACCAGAAAGCCAGGGAGGGCGGGGUCUGCAAGAGGCACUGGGAGGCGCGGCAGGUGGAGAUCCUAACGCCCCUGUUAAGGCCCACCAGGGGCACCCACCACGGACAAGGUGCUGGACAGCUUGGGAGGGAAAGUCCUCAACCAGUCGGCGUCCGUCCCGAGCAGCUCUGGGCCGCAGGUAGAUCGCGAAGGGUGUGGCCACAGAGGCCACAUGGCACAACACUGCCUUCCCACAGAACCCACACGUUCUGGGUCUGGGCUUGUCCUUGUCCUUCUGCCCGUGGGGACCUUAGCCAGUGCUGUGGUCUGAGGACCCAUGGUGCUCUGACCCACCAGCACAGGGUCCCAAACAACACUGUGUCAGCCCAAGGGAACUGCUUCCCUGCCAGAAGGUCCUUCACGGUCUGGCCCCUGCCUCUGCCCCCUCUCAUCUCUUGCCACACUCCCCUGGCACACUCUGCAGGCCUUGGUGGCCUUCCUGUUGUUCCUCAAGCACACAGACUUGAGUUCACCACAGGGCCUUUGCACCUGCUCUCCCCUGACGUUGACCCCCGCUUAUUCUCCAGCUCCUGCCCUGCUGAGUUCCUCAGUGUUUAUGACACACGACCUAAGGUUGUCGAUGCCAUUCUCCCCGUGGAGACCUGGGCUCCCGUUCUCCUGGAGCCUCACCCCUAAACAGGUUCUGGACACUGUAAGGUUCAGUAAAUGCCUGGGGUUGGCCUGAACACAGUGAACGCUGGGUCUGCAGGUGCCUUUGGACACUGCCAGGGGUCCCUGGGAUGGUGCUCAGUCUCCCUGAGUCACAGGCCCCUCAUCAGGGAUUGGGGACAAGAAGGUUCCCUGGCACGUUGCAUUGUGGGGGCACGUCACAUUGUUGGGGCUGCGAACGGGCGUGGGGAGCGCAGUGUGGUGCCUGGCAAGGAGGGUGCCCGCGAGCAAAGAAACCUCGCUGACCACUCUGCUGGAGGGUGCCCCCGGCCGGCGCCCAGAGAGACUGGGAAGGACGGGCUGCGGCAAAUCCGGACACGCCGGCGGUAAGGGGGGGAGAGACCUGCCUGCGUCCAUCCUGCGCAGGGACCUGCAAGGUCCUGCGGGCCCCGGGGUUGCUUCCAGCUCCGUCCCCGUCACUGUUUGCUUGGAAACGUGCGGCCUGCUCUGGCUCUCGGGGCACGUCUGCCCACACCCGGGCGGGCAGCAGCCGUGCUCCCGAGCCACAGGCUACUCGGCCGCUGGCCCUGUCGCUUGCAUGUCACCUUUGCAUCUCACGGCGCGUCCUUUUCCGUGAGCGUUUGGGGAGGCGGCUGACCUGUUGGCCUCAGACAGGAAGAGAUGAAGGGAGACCACGGUGUCCCCAGCAUGAAGCCCUCCUCCCUCAGGCCCUGCUCAGGACCAGGGCUCUGCAAACGCAGCCGCCGCCCGUCUUUGUAAAUAAAGUUUUAUUGGCACGCG